AUGCAACAUGACAAGCUUGUGGACGAGUCGGAAGUGCAGUUGCAGGACGCGGCUAGGAAUGUGGCGUUAGCAAAGGCAAUAAGGAAGCUCGGCAAACAGUACCGCGAAGCCAUCAUCAAUGUCCAUAUUUGGGCGAAUUUAAGAUACUGCGAGAAGAGCCUUAAAAAUCUCCAUUUCAUGCAGUUUCUAAGGCUAGCUCAGUCUUGUGGCGAAAGAGAAGCGAAAGAAUUUGCGAAAGGUCCUAUUCCGCCACAUAUACUCAACAGAAUUGUUCAUCAGUGCACACUAAAGCAAAAGCAGUCAGAUGACACGGAGACGGGCCCCCGUUCUUUGAAACGAAAACAGACAAGCUUCGAUUCAGGGACAGGUAGAGCUGAGGCAGAUGGCAGUCUCUCACCAUGUGAGACUUCUUUAGCCCGAUCAACCAUCCCUAUUCCUCCCAUCGGUCAGCAGGCAAUACUUGCUUCCCCAAUCUCGCAGCCAGGGCUAGCGCUCACAUUGACCAAAUGCUUUGAGCCACGGGCUGUAUCAACGUAUCACCGGAUCGAUGUCUCGAGGCUUUGCCAUGAUGAUACACCGUAUCAGUCUUCUGCUCCACCAUACCGGGCGCAGGACAUACCGAGUCCCACCAAUCACAAUCCUAGCGACGCCAAUAUUCCCAAACUUCACUACAUUGGCUCUGUUUGGGAUGUUUAUCAGGAGCAAUUGCGAGAGUUCGAAAGUCUGCAACCUGAACUUCAAGACAUAUUGCGGUUGCUCGUUUUCGUUGGAGGCUGGGCUCCCGAAAUCCUCUUCACUGGGAUUGGCAAGCAGUGGGGCAGCAACGGCGAACUAGAAUCUUUGGUUGAGGAAACACCUACACCACAAGAGGUCAAGUUGAACCUGAAGUUUCUAGAGCAGAAAACCUGCGUUUCAUCAGCAGUGGAAGGCCAGACAAUGUAUCUGGUGAACCCUAUCGUCUUUAAGUCCGUGGAAGCGCAUACACCUAACAAGGCCGAAUGGAGACGCCGAGCUAUCGACACUGUCCUUCGUGUGUUCCCAACAGAUCAUUACAUGGAGCCUAUAAACUUUACCCAGAUCGUUCGCGCCAUGACACCCUGCCUCAACCGGGUUCUCUGCUAUUUUUUUGAAGGCACCACCACCGAGCACCCAGAACGUCUCGUUCGAGUUUGCCGGGCUGCGUCCUUGUUCCGCGAUUCCGCAUGGAAGAUUUUUUUAACGAGGAUCGCAUCUCAGGUUGCAACCUCUCUUGAGAACAACCAGCUUGCCGUGGAAAUAGGUCUUCGGCAAGUCUCUCUAUCGAGGUCGACAUACAAGGAAUACUCUUCUGUGGGUCUGGACGCUGGUAUCAAGAGCCUGGAUAUCCGGUGUGCGUAUGGGAACGCCAUUUUCGGCAAGGCCCUACUGUCAGAGGCCAGGGCACGCCUUUUUAAUUGCAAGGGACACCAGUCGGUCGAAGAAGCCCUCUCUAGAUUCCGUUCUUUCACAGGGACCUCGACGUUGGAAAAAUACAUAUUUGUCGAAUCCGAGCUGCUUCUAGCGACAAGCCUACGCCACGAGGGUAAAUUCAAAGAGGCUGGCGAACGUCUCUUUGGUUUGUUUAACAAGGCUCAUCCCAGCAGUCUUAGGAUCUCUUCAGCUUGGAGCGAAAUCCAGUGCGAGCUAGGAUUUGUCUCCCAGGCCACCAACUUCCUGGUUUCCGAAUAUUUGUCUCUUCGACUUAAUCCGUUCUCCUCCGGCGGGAAGCGACAUCUCUUGGCAAUUGCAAAUGCUUACCUCAUGGAAGCAUUGUGGGAGAAACAUAAAAAUAUGACGGUCAACUCUCGCUCUCUCUCGGCGGCAGAGUCAAUUUUCUCGAGCUUUCGCGACUUGCCCUGUUCAAACAUGUCAGCUAAUCACUCACUUUUCGCUGUACUUUCAGGACUUGGCAUGAUAAAUUUGAUGCGGUCAGAGUGGGUUGCGGCACUGUCCUACUGGGAAGAGGCAGCUAACGUCGCUGAUCAGUGGUUACGUAAUCAUAAAUCUGCGCGGAUGGUUGUCUUGUACGCCCAGAGCGAGAUUUAUUUUCGUCUGGGGGAUACCAAGGCACACAGUCUCGCCACAGAGUCGGGUAAACUCUUUCUGGAGCAUGGCCGACAUUACCAAUUUGUUGGUCAUGGAUCCAUUUGGCUGGACGUACUAGGAGACUAUGCCCAGGAAUGCGGACGACCAAGGAUGGCACCGAUACUCGAUCAGAACAUUUCCGCUAGCUAA